GACCACGUUUAUCUGAUCCUUCUCACCUCUUUCCUCGAAUAUUUCUUCGGCUUUCCCAAUCGUGAGGUCCUGCAAGGCGACGAAGACAAUAUGGAUCGGUCUAAUAGAGAUUACUGUCUCUCACCCCUUUCGUUUGAUCACUCACGAGAUCAUUCGCUAGCAUCUCCAGACAGCACACCGAACCAAGCGACCAUCGACAGCUACCUUAUUCCAGCGUCACAGCAGAACUUGAAAUCAUCGCAGGACGGGAACUUAGGUACACAGAGCCCUCCACAGAAUUAUCUGUCACCAACUGCCCCUGUGUAUUCUCAACGAGAUAAGAGCAGUUCCAGAGGCUCAUUUGGCAGCUUCGUGCCGUUCCCUGAGCAGAUUACAGAUACACCGCUCGGAGACAACGCGUACCCAACAGGUCUGGACAACAUUGCGCUUCCACAAUCAGAGAAAGAUCUGCAUACAGCAUACGAAAGACAGUGUGCUCAACCGGAGAACGGAAAUUACAGAGCACCUUCAUUCUACAGCUCCGCUACAUAUCCCGAGGUCGUCGCAGAUGUAUCGGUCGAGACCGAUGUGUAUUCACGUUCAGGGCACGCCAGGACUCUAGGCUCAGAGGAAGAUAUUCGUGCAACCCGUGAUAGGCGCUACUCGCAGUCUGACGAGUAUCAAAAUGCCGAAGAAGAAUGGAAAGGGUUUGACGAUGGGCCGCAGAACGCUGCUUUCCCCCCAUACCCCCCCAGCCCCUGUUUGAAAGAUGCUGUACACUGGUAUCCUUCGCCGACCAUCACCAGCGUGUACUCUCAGGCCGAGAAUAUCAACCUUCCACGAAGCGAGAGCGGUUCCAUUGUAACGCCAGAGGCUGAUGACCCAUCGCCGGGCAGCAGUAUUGACCCACCUCAGCCACCGCCAGCUAACGACAUACACGCUGCACAUGACAUAUGUGAUUCGCAACCUGGAAUGCUCUCUGUAUCCCCGAGUAUCUACCCACCCCUCCCCGACAGCCCUGGUCUUUGGGUCAACUACAAUUAUCAUGCCGACUCUUCAACUCCAAAUCCAAGAUACACGACUCCAUCUGCGGAAGUAGACACAUCAUUACAAAUCAAAACAUUCUCCACCCAAGUCGAUGCCAUUCCGGCUCCUCUCCCACCUAUCCAGACACCCAAAAAGCGAACUUUGUUCAAAAGGAUUAUUGAAACACUCUGCUUUUGUCAUGGAGAAUCAGGAGACUGGACAGCCAUAGAUUCACCAUCGCAUCUGCCUCCAGUGCCGAUCUCCCCUUCUCCUAGCCAUGUAAGACCUGGCAGAGCAGCGAAAGUAGCAGAAUCAAGACCGACAAGCCAAGCAGUAUACUUGAGACAAAUGCCGCAGACCAGACCUUACAGAGCUUCUGGUGAGAGGCUCAGGCAGCGGUUGGUGAAUGACUUUGGAUACUCUGGCUGGGGAGGUUACGUAGGACCCGUCGCGGUGGAGGCUCCUCAUCAUACUUCUCCUCAAGAGACCCCAGAAGAUUGGCGCAGUACCGAGAACAAUCCUGGCAGCGACCAGAAUGCAGGUCAUGGUCGCCAGACGCCUGCAAGUCAUUACAACUAUGGUGAUCAACAAGACAGACAAUGCAACGUAGAAACUCAGGACACGCACAAUGAUCUUGUGGACCAAUGCCAGGAUGCCAAUCACACUGGAAACGAUCACGGCGAUAUUGGACUUGACUGCGGCGAUGGUGUUGGUUACCGUGGAGGAGGUGACUAAUAUCGCAAGAAGAUGCUGGUGAGGAAAAAAUGAUCGUUCGACGCUUUCUGUAAACACAGGAAACUCGAGCGAUGGUGGCGAAAAACAAUGAUGGCGAUGAAGAUAGUUAGAAGAUUUAGAUCACCAAAAAUACAAGAUCCAUCAGUCUUUG